CACGGCACUGGUCGGGAGCACAUCACCAGUGAUUUGUAGGUCGUGUGAGUGCGUGACAGAAAGUCAUUUGGAUAGAGUUUUCCUUCCUUUGGACAAGAGCUCAGCCAAGUUUGCACGGAAUCUUGACUACUAGGGGCAGCAGAAUUUUAUCUUAGUCUUGGAGUGCCCGCGUGUCACUGAGUGUGUGAGAAACUCCAGUCAUAAUGAAUUACUACAGCUGGUUGCUCGUUGUGUUGGCUUCUCUCUUGGUAGCUGGCCAGGAGCCUGAUAAUGAAGUAGCAUCGAAUGGUGGAGAUAGUGAUGAGCUGGAUGAUGAUCAUAAUCCGUGUUAUGGCUACCGAUGCAGGAAGCCUUCUUACGCUAUCUGCAUCAGCAAAGAGAUCGACGGCAUACUGCAACCGGUCUGCGAAUGUCCAGAGUCUUGCCCUGACAUCGUCAAGCCGGUAUGCAGCGUGUACGGCAAGCAAUACGACAGCCUGUGUCAUCUAAGACUGUUUGCUUGCAAGAAACAAAGAUCUUACCCAUUGGCCUACCCGAAGCCUUGUGUUGCUUCUCAGGAGCCGUGUUCUGAAUUUGAGUUGAAUGAAUUCCCUCAUCGUCUCUUGGAGUGGUUCCUUCAUCUCAGGGAGAUUGACGAGCUGAGAGAGCUGAACCCUAACUCCAACAUCCGCAAACUGACCAAUGCUGGCAGGGAGAAACUAGCCAAGUGGAAGUUUGAUCUCCUUGAUCGUAAACAUGACGGCCUUCUCGAUCGUCGCGAUCUACGUGAGUUCCGCUACGGCCUGAUGCCGUUGGAGCACUGCGCAGAGGACUUCUUCAACGGCUGCUCCCAGGGAAGUAAAACUAUCAACCUGGAACAAUGGAACACGUGUCUGAGGGUUGAUGAUGUCGAGGGCAUCCCAAAGCGUGUUGCUGAGGUCUUCUUGAAUGUUGUACCAAAACAGACUCCAAUAGAAGAGGAAGAUGAAGAGUAAAGCAUGAACAGAUACAGCAGCAAAACCAACCAACAGGUCAAAAGUUCUCAAAUAAUCAUGCCAUGCAUAAUUACUUUUUAACUUUAUUAGGCUGAUUAGAGUAACUAGUCAAUCAAUCUGUUUAGCAAAAGGUUGAAGUUAAACAUUUCAAGUAAAGUUGACUCUGAUAAAGAACAGGGUAGUUAUAUUUGUGUAAGGAUAGUGGGGACUUGUUCAACCCAAAGAUUCAUUUUGUUUUGGGGUAUGUCAACCCAAUUGGUUAAAGGGAGGGUAUGCUUCUGGUAAUUGUCAAAGACCAG